CAUUGUCUAGCUCUACGUGCAUACAAAUGACUAAUUUUACUAGGAUCAUAAGCUCUUUCUUUGCCUUAUUGUUGUUCCUAGUUCUUGCUUGUGAAGCUAGGCCAGUUCCAGGAAGAAGUAGUAGAGGAUUUCUUAGAACAAAUGGUGCUCAUUUUGUAGUAAAGGGAUCACCUUUCCUCUUCAAUGGUUUCAACUCUUAUUGGCUAAUGCGCGUAGCAGCUGAUCCAAGUGAAAGAUACAAAGUCUCUGAGGUAUUUCAAGAAGCCUCUGCUGCUAGCCUUUCUGUCUGUCGAACUUGGGCAUUCAGUGAUGGAGGAGACACUGCAUUACAACUAUCACCUGGUGUAUAUGAUGAACGUGUUUUUCAGGGAUUGGACUUUGUGAUCUCGGAAGGAAGAAAGUAUGGGAUUCGCUUGAUAUUGAGCUUUGUCAACAACUACAAAGAUUUUGGGGGAAGACCUCAAUAUGCUCAAUGGGCAAGAAAUGCAGGAGUCCAGAUUAAAAGUGAAGAUGACUUCUACACUCAUCCAGUUCUCAAAGAUUAUUACAAGAAUCAUGUUAGGAAAGUUGUAACAAGGUUCAAUACCAUCACUGGAAUGGCUUAUAAGGAUGAUCCAACCAUCAUGGCAUGGGAACUCAUAAAUGAGCCUCGUUGUCAGGCUGAUUAUUCUGGAAAAACAGUAAAUGGUUGGGUUCAAGAAAUGGCAAGUUUUGUGAAAUCAAUAGAUAAGAAGCACUUGUUGGAGAUAGGAAUGGAGGGAUUUUAUGGCGAUUCGAUGCCUGAAAGAAAACAAUUUAAUCCUGGUUAUCAAGUUGGAACAGACUUCAUUAGUAGCCAUCUCAUCGAAGAGAUUGAUUUUGCCACUAUCCAUGCUUAUACAGACCAAUGGUUAUCAGGACAAAAUGAUGAUGCUCAAAUGGAAUUCAUGCAAAGGUGGAUAACAAGUCAUUGGGAAGAUUCAAGUAGAGUAUUGAAGAAGCCGUUGGUGCUAGCUGAAUUUGGAAAGUCUAGCAAAGAUCCAGGAUACAAACUAAAUGCAAGAGACACAUUCAUGAGCAGUGUAUACAGAAAUGUUUAUAGUUAUGCAAAAUAUGGGGGAACAAUGGGAGGUAGCUUAUUGUGGCAACUUGCAGGACAAGGGAUGGAGAAUUAUGAUGAUGGUUACUCAAUUAUCUUAGCACAAAAUCCAUCUACUGCUGGAAUUAUCUCUGGUCAAUCACAUGCCAUGACCACGUUAGCUCAUUUGCUUAAUAAUGACCAUCAAGUCUAA